GGGGGCGGAUCCUCUGCAGUGAAGCUUCCUGGGUGCCACAGACUGAUCUACGGCCUAGGAGGAUUAUUGAUUGUGAGGCUGUGCCAUGUCUCUGACGUCUUUAUUUUGGAAACAUAGUCCUCGAGAACAGCAAACGGAUAAACUGACGAGGAGGGAGAGAGUGAGUCAACUCGACGUACUGGGAACGCGAUUCCGACGGGUUUGGAUCCGUACCCUUUGCGCAUCCACCUAAUGGAGCGGUGAUGAUGAUGUUUUCCAGAAUGGGCUGCUGGUUUUGCUUCAUUUGCCUUCAACGCCUCUGUAACGAUUGAAGAGCUGCUUUCGGAGCAAGGAAUAAAAAGGAAACGAGACGGGGGGCGGUGAGAGGUUGAAAUGACUGGGCUCCGGGGCUUAUGCAGCAGCUUUCGAGUUUGAGUCAACACAGUCUUUGGGUCGAAGGCAGGAAGAGGGAGGUUGCGACACCAUUUUCUCUCGAGCCGAGCACUGUGUGCUUUAUGUGGCUGGGCAGAACCAUUUCCCAAUGGAGGCGCACCCGACGAACUUGUUGCUGCAGUCCUGGGAUCUCUUGAAAGGACCUUUCAUUGCAUUGGAUGUGUUAACCUUACGACAAACACCAUGGGAGAAGUCAGCUCUCAGGUGGGCCUCUGUGCACUCUUUGAAGUCUCAGCUGCUGCUGUCAGACAGAUCCAGGAGGGCACAAACUGGAGAGGUGUUCACUGAGCAGUAAGACCAUGGGAAGCAAACAUGGGUCUCUUCCUUGUGGCCGCUCUGGAUUUAUGGAACUACCUUCCCUGGAAGAUCUGCAGAGCAUCAGCAUCACUCAAGAAGCCAGAUCCUUUGGGUUGGCGCUUGAUGUCCCCUCUGAAGCAGGUAUCGCUUUAAAGGAUGGCUGUGGCGCUUAUGGAGCAUAAUAACCAUACUGAAGGUGAACCAGAUGUCACGAUAACUCUUAUGAAUGGUGGUACCCUAGAAAAUGGGCCAGACAAGCCUGAUGAACAUUUGGAUGCAAAAGGACAGGGUGCUUGUCAAAAGUUCAAGAAGAAAAGUAUCAUUAUCAUAACUGUAUUACUUUUGUUGCUCCUGGGCUCAGUCAUUGGCAAUAUCAUUCAGGCUGUACAAAAACCACAAUCGCAAGCUCCUCUGAACCUGUGGAAUGGCUGUCCGCUUGGUUGGAUUAAAAAGGAAACUUCGUGUUACUUUGUCUCUCAUGGGCAGCAGGACUGGGACUCCAGCCAGACCAACUGCUCUUCUUAUGGUGCUUCUUUGUUGACACUUGACUCUAAGCAAGAAUGGGCUUUAGUAAAUAGCGGGGGACAUGAGUGCUGGAUUGAUCUUCAGAGGAAGAAAGAAGAUGAGCCCUGGAAGUGGCGAAAUGGUUCAGACGUUACCCAGUUUGAAGUUAAAGGUACCGGUUUGUGUGCGUACGUGAGUCAUGAUAUGGUCAGUUCUACAAACUGUGACAACAUCCGUCACUGGCUAUGCAGGAAACCAGUCCAUGCUGCUUGAGAGAAACCUAAAACAUUUACAAGUGUAUAUGGAUCUUUCCAUGAGUCGUCUGUAAAGGAGUAGCUUUUUCAGUCAGCUUGGGUUUGAGAGAAAAAGCAAUAAAAACAAUACAUCAACAUCUCUCUCCUGUCAGACUAGCUUGAAAUGUAUAAAGUUGCUAAUAACCAGUGUUGGCUUUGUAACUCUUCUUGGACAGACGUCUUCCGUGGGUGGUGGGGCUGUGCAUUAUGACAAUGUGAUUGUAUUUAUUUGUCUGGCCUUAAUUAUAUCCAAAUUUUGCUUUAGAAUUUUAUUUAGUAAUUUAAGUUGUCCAGAUUUGUAUGUGCCAUUACUUUUUUUCUAAUCUAAAAAUAGUUGGACCUUAUGUUUAUAAAUAACUUUUUAAAAAUGAAUUUUAAAAUAAUUUUUUAAAAAAUCUAAAUGUCCAUUUAACUUCUGAUGCUUUAUAUGUGUGACUGUUUUCAUAUUUUUAUACUAUUUUGUAUGUAUUUACAUAAAUAGUUGGCCCCACUGGUGGACCUCCUGAUGGCACUGGUAUU